AUGAGCCAGGGCCAGAGCGACAUACCCAUCACGGAGCAAUGCAGCGUCCGUUGGAGCCACGCGGAGCCGGCGGAGGACGGAUACGCCGGGGAGCAGGAUGGCGGCUGCCGGCUCUACCCCGGGCACAUCCCCACCAGCCCGCUGCAGAAAGCGCUGCUGGCCGCGGGCUCCGCGCUCGUGGCCCUCUAUGACCCCUACAGACACGACAUGGUGGCAGUCUUGGGAGAGACAACGGGUUGCCUUGUCCUGCCCAACCUGCGAGACAAGAUGAAGAAUGACCCCGAAGGCUCCCGCGUCCUCCAGGAGCGUCCUCGCAUCCGUCUCUCCACCCUGGACGUGGAGGGGCUGCGGCGGUUGCCGGAUGGCACGUUGGGCCGGGAAUACCUGCGGUUUCUGGAAGACAAUAAGGUUUCUCCGGACACGCGAAUGCCGGCCAAGUUUGUGGAUGAUGAAGAGUUGGCGUAUGUGAUCCAGAGGUACCGGGAAGUCCACGACCUGAUGCACACAAUGCUGGGCAUGCCCACCAACAUGCUGGGGGAGGUCGUGGUGAAGUGGUUUGAGGCCAUCCAGACAGGGCUGCCCAUGUGCGUCCUGGGCGCAGCCUUCGGCCCCGUUCGUCUCAACGCACGAAAAUUGCAGGUCCUGGCUACAGAGCUGAUUCCCUGGGCGAUUCGGAGCGGGCGCAAUGCCAACUGUAUCCUCAACAUCUACUACGAGCAGCGCUGGGAGCAGACAGUGGCUUCCCUGCGCGAGGAGAUGAGCAUCUUCCCUCCGCCGGCCGUGCGCGUGUGA